AUUGACUACAUCCACAGACAACGGCAGUGUAAGCUGAGUGUGCCCCUGAAUGACAGGACAGCAGAGCUCAACAGCUACCCAAGAUUCAAUGACUGGUUAGACAUUGUCAAUGUGAGGAAAGAAGUUGUACAGAGAAUACCAGAGGAACUAACCUUAGAUGCCUUACUAGAAAUGAAUGAGUCAAAGGUGAAAGAAACAAUGAAGAGAUGUGGUGCCAGAGAUGAGGAGUGCUCCAGACUCAAUGGGGCACUGAGCUGCUUACGGAAGGUGACUGAAUCAGGUGGGGAGUUAAAAGAUGACGUGCUGAUGAAUCUUUCUGAGGCACGCCGAGAGAACAGCCCUACAAACACGACCGAAUCCCCCUGCUCCUCUGCACCCACAUGGACUCCCUCUGCACUGCACCUUCCCAAAGGCAACAGCCAGCAGGCACGUUCUGUGUCAGUAUCUACAAUCCCAUCUUCAGAUUCUCUUGCCUCGAGUCAUGGACCUUCUAUCUAUGCAGAAAACCUCCUGGACCCUUUUGCAUUCCCCGCACACAGUGGAAGGUUAACGCCAAGGACUCCUCACAGCAUCACCAUCACUCCACCAACCACUCCUCAAGCCAAGAGACGGCAUAAGUUGAAGCCACCACGGACUCCUCCUCCCCCUUGCCGGAAGGUUUUUCAGCUGCUACCCAACUUUCCAACCCUCACAAGGAGCAAGUCUCACGAAUCACAGUUGGGAAACAGGAUAGAUGAAGUUCCUCCAAUAAAGUUCGAACUCUCCCAAGGAUCCCCUCAAACGGUACGAAGAGACUUUGGUUUAGCUGUAACACACAGGUUCUCUACAAAGUCUUGGUUAUCUCAGAUUUGCCAAGUCUGUCAGAAAAGCAUGAUGUUCGGGGUGAAGUGUAAGUACUGCAGAUUAAAAUGUCACAACAAAUGUACUAAAGAGGCACCUGCUUGUAGAAUAUCCUUCCUUCCCAUAACAAAAAUAAGAAGAACAGAGUCUGUCCCUUCUGAUAUCAAUAAUCCAGUAGACAGACCAACAGAACCACAAUUUGGAACUCUUCCCAAAGCACUAACUAAAAAGGAGCAUCCACCAGCAAUAAAUCAUCUGGACUCUAGCAGUAAUCCUUCUUCAACAACCUCAUCCACACCAUCUUCUCCAGCACCUUUCCAGUCUUCCAACCCUCCCAGUGCAACACCUCCCCCAAACCCAUCUCCUAUGGGCCAGAGGGACGGACGAUUUAACUUCCCAGCUGCCUACUACAUUCAGCAUAGACAACAAUUUAUCUUCCCAGAAAUUCCCAGUCCCGCACAAAUAGCACAGCCUCCAGAAACAGCUGCAGACACUAAUGCUCAUGAACAGCCAGACACAGAUGGAGUUGAAUGUGAAGCAGAGGUGGAAGAAUCAGAGACUAAUAAAUCAGAACCUGAAGAUGAUGAGGAUGAGGUGGAAGAUUUGCCAAACAGACGGCCACACUUGCAAGGGAUGAUUUAUCGCAAACCUAGCCAGACCAGCGUCUACCUGCAAGAAUGGGACAUUCCCUUUGAACAGAUUGAACUGGGGGAUCCUAUUGGCCAAGGACGUUGGGGGAAGGUUUACAAGGGAAAAUGGCAUGGGGAAGUGGCCAUCAGGCUGUUGGAGAUAGAUGGGAACAAUCAGGAUCAUCUCAAGCUCUUUAAAAAGGAAGUGAUGAACUAUAGGCAGACCCGGCAUGAGAACGUGGUACUUUUCAUGGGAGCAUGCAUGAACCCUCCUCAUUUAGCAAUCAUUACCAGCUUCUGCAAAGGAAGAACGCUUCACUCGUUUGUAAGGGACCCCAAGAUAUCCCUGGAUAUUAACAAAACCAGGCAGAUAGCACAGGAGAUCAUUAAGGGCAUGGGGUAUCUUCACGCAAAGGGGAUUGUACAUAAGGAUCUGAAAUCCAAGAAUGUUUUCUAUGACAAUGGGAAAGUUGUGAUCACUGACUUUGGAUUAUUUGGAAUUUCGGGUGUGGUUCAGGAAGGAAGGAGGGAGAAUGAAUUGAAGCUGCCUCACGACUGGUUAUGCUACCUGGCCCCUGAGAUUGUUCGUGAGAUGGCCCCUGGGAAAGAUGAAGAUAAGCUGCCUUUCUCCAAAGCUGCAGAUAUCUAUGCCUUUGGGACUGUGUGGUAUGAGCUCCAAGCAAGAGAAUGGCCUUUCAAGAACCAGCCUGCAGAGGCGCUCAUCUGGCAGAUUGGAAGUGGCGAAGGAGUGAAACAAGUCCUUGCAACUGUUAGUUUGGGGAAAGAAGUCAACGAAAUUCUCUCAGCGUGCUGGUCAUUUGAUCUCAGUGAGAGACCUAGCUUCACUGUCCUCAUGGAUAUGCUUGAAAAACUGCCAAAAUUGAAUCGUCGGCUCUCCCACCCAGGGCAUUUCUGGAAGUCUGCUGAGUGA